CUGCUGAAUUCCGGCUCGGGGACGUGGAGUUUCUGAGUAGUCAUGGCCGAAAACAGGGCGAGUGGGGCGAACAGGAACCUCCUAUUCUCCCCCUCGGAGCUCAGCUUCUCCGUGCCCUUCAUCCCUGUCAGCCGCCCCGGGCCCUUGUCUUCUGAUGAGUCGGCGGAGGUUGGAGAGGAGGACAGCUUUCUGGGGCAGACUGCUAGUACUGUUAACCCUCCACAAACCUUCAGCUACUUUUCCCAAACCUCAAGUCUCACCACCAGCAGUGACCCAUUUGCCAGCAUAGGGCAACCCUUGGUCACCACAGCUUCUCAGUUGCCAGGUGCUAAUGCUUUCCCUAAGACCCCGGUGUCUGUGCCGCUGCCUCCUGCAGUCCAGAAUGGACAGAACAUCGUGACUCCACCCAGGACCUCAUCUCCAUUUCCCACCAAUCCUCCGUCAGUUUCCAGUGACUCCGCUGGGGUUUUCCCUCCAAACACACAGAUAUGCCCUCCUCCAGGCGUGAACCUGGCACCACCGCCUCCCGUCUCUUCUCAGGCAAGCUAUAACCCUUACCGCCAUAACAUACAGAGCAGCCGGGCCAAUCCUUACCUGACUCCUCCACAGCUGCAGCAGGAUACCACAGUGGGCCACACCAGCCAGGCCUUCCAGGUGGCAUCGGGGCCUCCUCCAUUGUACCACAGUUCUUCAGCCUCCCUACCUCCCCCCCCGGUAGCAUCUACGUUUAUGCCAGCACAAAUGGUGCAGUCCUAUUCGAAUGUCAGACCUGCAGCUCCUCCAGUGUCGGACCCCGUGCCCUUCAUGCCCAACCUGUAUGAGCCUGUCCAGCCCCACUGGUUCUUCUGCAGGCUUGUGGAAGGUCGGGAGAUUUGGCUGCCCUUCAGCAAUUAUGAUUCUGCCAACCUGGAAGAAGUCUACAACUCUGUUCAGCCAGACCCUGAGAGCGUUGUAGUACGUACAGCAGGGGGCCGCUAUGAUGUCUACCUGUAUGACCGGGAGAUGAAGGCCGUGUACUGGGAGGAAGAAGACUCUGAGGUCAGACGCUGCUCUUGGUUCUACAAAGGAGAUGCUGACAGCAGAUUUGUUCCUUACAGUGAGGACUUCAGUGAGAAGCUGGAGGCGGAGUACAGAAAGGCUGUGAGCAGUAACCAGUGGCACCGGAGGCUGGAAUUUCCCGGAGGAGAGACCAUUGUAAUGCACAACCCCAAGGUGAUCGUCCAGUUCCAGCAUAGUGCCAUUCCAGAUGAGUGGGGCUCCCCUCAAGACGGUCAGGCCAGACCACGAGUUGUAAAGAGGGGCAUAGAUGACCAUGAUGACAUUCCAGAUGGGGAGGUCUCGCAGGCUGACCAUCUUGUGUUCAUGGUUCAUGGGAUUGGACCUGUGUGUGACCUUCGGUUCAGGAGUAUCGUUGAAUGUGUGGAUGACUUUAGGACCGUGUCUCUGAAAUUGCUGCAGUCUCACUUUAAAAAGUCUGUGGACGAGGGUAAAGUACGACGUGUGGAGUUCCUGCCGGUCCAUUGGCACAGUGCCCUCCAUGGUGAUGCUACCGGGGUGGAUAGGCACAUCAAAAAGAUUACCCUGCCCAGUAUUGGGCGUCUGAGACAUUUCACCAACGAGACGCUGCUGGACAUUCUGUUCUACAACAGUCCCACCUACUGCCAGACCAUUGUGGACAAAGUCAGCUUAGAGGUGAACCGUCUCUACGAGCUCUUCAUGAGCCGGAACCCAGACUUUACCGGCAGGGUGUCUGUCGCUGGCCACAGUCUAGGGUCUCUGAUUCUGUUUGACAUAUUGUCCAAUCAAACGGACAUAACUACCUCUCCACCCGCAUCGACCCUCACUAAAGUGAAGAAAGGUGAAUCCGCUGUGGAAAAGCAGAAUAACUUUCCAGAAACAAGAGAGUCCAAUGAAGCUGGCCUGCCCCAGGAAGACUUGCCCUGCCUGCAGGAGGCGCUGGCAUCGCUCGCCCUGGCAGAGUACACCUCUGUGCUUGAGAAAGAGAAGAUGGACAUGGAAUCUCUGCUCAUGUGCACAAUCGAUGACCUGAAGGAGAUGGGGCUACCUCUGGGUCCGAGGAAGAAGAUUGCCAAAUAUGUCGAGGAACUGUCUGCUCGGCAGGCUGAAAAACAAAGUCUCACUGACCAAAGAAACCGUCACACCAAGCAAGAGGAGUCUCCCCCCUUUGAUGUCAAUGAUGGUUUGGAACCUCAAAGGCGGAAACUGCCAGUUGGUGCCCCAAUCUCUUCCAUACAUGUUGAUUAUGAACAUUUCGAGACUGGAACUGGACAGGUGUCUGUGCGCUAUAACUCUCUGGACUUUGAACCUGUGAACUUCUUCGCCCUUGGCUCUCCUAUUGGCAUGUUCCUUACAGUCAGAGGGGUGAACAGGAUUGAAGAGAACUACAGAUUGCCAACCUGUAAGGGCUUCUUCAACAUUUACCACCCGUUGGAUCCUGUUGCAUAUAGAUUGGAGCCCAUGAUUCUACCUGAUCUGGACUUGAAGCCUCUGCUGGUCCCACAUCACAAGGGCAGGAAGCGCUUGCACCUUGAGUUGAAGGAAAGCCUCAGCCGCAUGGGGUCUGACCUCAAGCAUGGAUUCAUGAGUUCCCUCCGCUUGGCAUGGCAGACCCUGAAUGAAUUUGCUCGUGCUCACACGACUUCAUCUGAGCUUCAGGCAGAGCUGGAAAAAGUUGCUGAUCAAAUUCAAGAGGAGGAGGAUAAGCAGCAAGUAGAAGCUGAAAAGCUGGAGGGCUCGGAGUCCUGGCGAGAAGAGGACCUGUCCGUGAAGAUCGGCAUGCUGAAUGGGGGCCGCAGAAUCGACUAUGUCCUGCAGGAGAAGCCCAUUGAAAGCUUCAAUGAAUAUCUUUUUGCGCUACAGAGCCACCUCUGCUACUGGGAAUCUGAAGACACGGCGCUCCUAAUCCUGAAGGAAAUCUACAAGUCCCUCAAUGUGUUUCCUGAUUUAAUGUUACAUUAACCCUUUGUGCCAGGGGACCAUCAGCCUGGACAGCGUUUCAUAGACUAGACAAGUCUGUCGCAGAAGGAAUUCCAAGACUUCUUUUACGGAUGAAUUGUUUUAUUGACCAUAAAGGCCGGUUCUGAUGUUCUGACUUGUAGCCAUUGCCUGGAUUGUAGACUACUUUGAGGAUGUUUCACCAAAUAGAGCUUCAGGGGUUUUUGCAUUGACUUCUGCAUUUAUUUCUAGCAGAAUAUUUCUCCCUGCCCAGGAAAUGGAAACCCAUGGAACAAUAAAAGUUUUUAUUGAUAUUUAA